GAGAAGUGAUUUAUAGUGUUUUGAUUGGCGUAGUUUUCUCCUCAUAUAGAUGUCUUCCACUUUUGCUGGCAUAUCAUUUAUUUGUGAGAAAAAGGAAACGAGGAAUCGUCCCAUCUAAAGCUUCAGAAAAGGCAUUUCAAGUCAAAAAGCAGACGGAUUGCUGAAAGGAAACUUGAAGCAUCAGAAUGAAUGUUUCUGUUUCAAAUGACUCGUUUAAUGACACCCAGGCUUGGCGGAAUAAUAAUCCACAACUCCCAACAUAUGCGCACAAAGUUAUAAUUACCGUCGUCUACAGUACGAUGUUCUUGUUUUCUUUAACCGGAAACUCCAUGACGAUUUACAUUGUGUGGAGUAAACCUUACCUGCGAUCAGUUACCAACUGCCUGAUUGCGAACAUGGCCACAGCAGAUCUUAUUAUGACAUUUAGCGCCAUGCCUUAUGUGGUCGCCUACACCUUCAUACAGGCUCGGUGGUUCGGAGGUGUCUUGGGAACGGUCACAUGCAAAUUGUUGAUGUUUUCAGUUCCAUUGUCCAUCGCAGCUUCUAUAUUCUCUUUGGUGGUAAUUGCGUUGGACCGUUUUUUCGCUGUAGUUUACCCGUUUAAUCGUCCUAAGGUAAUCCGCAAGAUUUCUGUGAUGAGCUCGAUCGUCUGGGCCUUGUCGAUCUUGUUUGCAUCACCGUAUUUGUAUGCUCACAAAGUGCUAUUAGGGGGGGACAAUAAUUAUCAUUGCGUUCAGCGAUGGGAACCGCCCAUUACUGAUCACAGUAAGGCGUUCCGAACCUUUUUUAUUUUCAUUUUCGUUUCUCUUUACUUGGUUCCACUGUUCCUCAUCGCUAUCUUUUACAGCAUCGUUUCAUUGAAGCUAUGGGCGCGAAGAAUCCCUGGGAAUCCAUCAGCUACAAACAUCAGGCAUGCAGAAGCGAGCAAGAAAAGAACUAUCAAAAUGCUCGUUAUUAUCGUUAUUGUUUUUGCCCUCUUCUGGCUUCCUGCGCAAGUGAUUCACUUAUUGGCAAAGUUCAAUUUACGAAUUUACGAUGCGAUAUCACCUAUAAUAAUAUUGAUAGCGUUUGGCAUAUCACACCUUAAUUCCGCCAUAAAUCCCUAUCUCUACAUGGUCCUGAACAAAAAUUUCCGACGCGCUAAUAAGGAUGUUCUUCAGAGCUGUUUCAAGCCCGCAGGGAGCUUAGUGCGUUCCUGGGGAAGCAACACCACCUCGAGUGCGUAUCUGGCCGAAGGUAUGUCCAUGGAAUACGUGAGCGUCGGAGAUUUGGGGAGAAGAGAAAAAUACGACUUGUCCAGAAUCGAAAGAGAUCGGGACACUUCGUUGUGUGUUAGACAAGUAAGCCUAAUGAAAGUAAAGGAAAACUAGUUUAACAAGUGCAUUGUGGUUCGUAAAGAGUCUUGUAUGACGUUGUUGAUAUGAAUCAUUGGUCAGCCUCAGGCGAAGCCCCUAAGUAGGACUGCUUUUGUUUUUGAAAUGAGGAGCCUGCAAGAAAGAUAAGAGGACUUCAAUGGAGCUUUCGGAUUUGCAUUGGUUCAAAUUGCACUCUUGAGAGAGAAACAUAACUGAUACGAGCAUAUUAUUAUAACUCUUAGACCAAAAAGAGCUCCUUUUUCUUUUUCGUGAGUAAGAACCAACCCGUGCUUGAAGGAGUCUUUUUUUCGGCCAUUUGUAACAUAAUAGAACAACCUGUAAUUCCAUAAAUUCCUUUAUUAAAUCCCAUUUACUUUAA